AUGAGUUCCAGCACCGCAGUCCAAGUGGCGAUCGGCGUCAAGGUAUACAGGACUCGUCGCCGCAUCAUCCUCAUGCAGCGCAACGCUGAUACCAUCGAGAUGGACUUCGUUGCUGGCCAGGGGGAGUUCGUUUCGUUCCCGCUUCGGGCCCUGUUCCAUGGUGUGGCGGCGAUACCCGCGCUGUUGGCUGAGCAUUCCAGAGCCGUCCGGUCCAUCGCUAAGGUGGAGGCGUUGCGACUUCGACGAUCAGCGUUGGAGAGGUGCCGCGUGGGGAACCCUGAGAACCUUCGGGCUGUCAGCAACGAGGACGACGCUGAAAAAUGCCGGCCUGUGGUUGUUUUCGAGUCGAUAACUCGUGCGGAGUUUCGGAGGAUCAUCCACGAGAUCCUCGUCCAUGUCGGCGGCACCCCCGACAAGCAGAAGGCAUCCUUGGCGGCGCUCAACAUCCUGAUGUCGCCGAUGUGA